AUGUCUUUUAUUAAUGGUACAUGUAACCUAAAUACUUUUAUGUUGGACCAAUUAUUGUUGGAGCAAGUAAAACAAAAAGAAUUAAAUAAAUGCCAAAUUUUGUUGAACGAAUUAUUAAGACAAUUUAAUAUUCUUCCUUUACCUCAAAACAAUGAAAAAGAGUUGGAAUUAGAUGAAUACAAGUUACAAAAUAAUACCGAAGCAAAUACCUUCCUUUCGACAACUUCUGCUUCAAAUUCAUCUAACAAUCAUUUAAAUUCUUCAUUAAGAAUAAAUAAUGAACAAAAACAACAACGUCCACACAGUUGUGAAUAUUGCCAAAAAUCAUUUCGAUUUAAAUCCAAUUUAUUUGAACAUAAAUCGAUUCAUAAAAGUGCCUGCCAUCGAAAUACAUUUAUUUGUCCAUUUUGUACAAAAACUUGUCGACUUAAAGGCAAUUUAAAAAAACAUCUACAAAUUCAUGUCAAAAAUGUGAAUGAACUUGAACGCCUCUGGAAAAAUUACUUUUCUAGACAGUCUGGAAGGCCACGCAAAAAUGCAAAGUUAGUACCUCUUCCAAAGCCUGGUGAUGAUUUAGGAUUAGUUCCAGUUAUGUUAAAAACAAAAAAUAAUCAAAUACUCAAAAAUAAUUGCCAAUGGACGUUUGCCAGUGAAAAUGAUAAUUUAAAAAAUAAAGUUUAA